GCCUUGCCCGAUCUUUGCUUCUCCUGCAACUCUCUCUCCACCCCCCUUCCCAAUAACUGUCUACCAUCUUGUAGUGCAAGAUAUAGCAGUAGCGUCACGGAUCUGUUCCACACUUUUAAGGCGAACCAGAUACAAGACCAGAGACAAGCAAUAUGCUAGCCUGGGUUACUGGACUUAUUCAUGAUCAUCAAGAUGAAACCGUAGUCAAGUUUUGCGUAUGAUACACUACACUGCACUACACUGCACAUGCGCAACAUGUAGAUGGGUAGUGUAGUGUAGUGUAUUGUAAUAUACAUACCGGCAUACUUACCAGUCUUACCUAGUACUGACUGCCCAGGUGACCUUCUAUACCGGCUCAACUAUUAUCUCCCCUGCUGCUAAAAAUUCCCUCAGUAUCUCAUUAGUAGCUUCUAACUUGCAUACCUCCAUAUUUAUUAUUAUCACAUAUCACAUAUUAUUUCAUUGGAUUUUUUUCUUUUUUGAAAAGUCUUCUUCCACUAUUUUGAACUUGAACCAUUCCAUUACCUUACCUACCCUACAAUACAUAUUACCUAACCUAACUGUCUAACCGGAGUAGAAACGUCACCAGCACCGAUAAAUACCCCACUGCCGUCAUUAUCAGGGUCCAUAACCAACAAACUUACCCCACCGUCUCCAACAUCGCCGUUACACACCCAAAAACGACUUUUUCACCACCAAACAGCCAUGGCGAGACUGAACCUUGGUAACAUCAACCCCCACAUCGUUGAGGCCAAGUAUGCCGUUCGUGGUGAGCUAGCUGUAAAGUCAGAGGAAUAUCGAGCCAGAUUGAGAAAGGGAGACCAGAGUUUACCCUUUUCCGAGGUUAUCAGCGCCAACAUUGGCAACCCUCAACAGCUCGACCAAAAGCCUAUCACCUUCUUCCGUCAAGUCUUGAGUUUACUUGAGAACCCUAAACUCCUGGAGCACGAGGAUGUCCUUUUGAAUACCCUGGGUUAUAAGAAGGAUGUGCUGGAGCGAGCACAAUGGCUAUUAGAUCACGCAGGCAGUGUGGGAGCCUACAGUGCCAGCGCAGGUGUUCCGGCCAUUAAGGAGAGUGUUGCCAAGUUCUUAGAAAGACGAGAUGGCUUCCCUGCCGAUCCCGCACACAUCUAUCUCUCAGCCGGUGCAUCCUCAGGUGUCAACACCCUCCUGCACAUCAUCUGUGCCUCCCCUAAAACCGGCGUUCUCGUACCUAUCCCACAGUACCCUCUCUAUACCGCCUCGCUUGCUGUUCUCAACUCCACGUGCGUGCCAUAUUACCUCGACGAGUCUGCUCACUGGGGCACAUCGCUAGCCACCAUCAAGGAGUCGUAUGAAAAGGCCCAGGCUGAUGGCAUAGAUGUUCGCGCUAUCGUCAUCAUUAACCCGGGCAACCCGACUGGUGCCUCGCUCUCCGAGGAUGAUGUACGGUCCGUGCUUGAGUUCGCUGCUGAGAAGAAGCUCGUAGUGAUGGCCGAUGAAGUAUACCAGACCAAUGUGUUCAUUGGAAAGUUCCACAGCUUCCGGCAGGUUCUCCUGACUUUACAAAAGGAUCACCCGGGCAAGUACGACGAUGUCGAGCUCGCGUCCCUUCACUCCGUAUCCAAGGGUAUGGUGGGUGAGUGUGGUCACCGUGGCGGAUACUUUGACUUAAUCGGCUUCCUGCCCGAGGUUGAAGAGCAGAUCUACAAGUUCGUCUCCAUCAUGCUGUGCGCGCCUGUCAUCGGCCAGUGCCUCGUCGAGCUCAUGGUCAACCCGCCGCAACCCGGCCAGCCCUCAUACGAACUGUACAGCAAGGAAUUCAACGGCAUAUUCAACUCUCUCAAGACCCGCGCCUACUCCCUUUACGAGGCCUUCAAGGAAAUGGAGGGUGUCGAGUGCGACAAGCCCCAGGGCAGCAUGUACAUGUUCCCCACCAUCAAGCUACCCGCCAAGGCCAUCGACGCCGCUAAGCAGGAGAACCGCACCCCCGACGAGUUCUACUGCAUGCGCCUGCUCGAGGCCACCGGCGUCUGCGUCGUCCCCGGCAGCGGCUUCGGCCAGGCCGAGGGCACCCUGCAUUUCCGAACUACCUUCUUGGCACCUGGCACAGAGUGGAUUGGCUCGGUGAAGAAGUUCCACCAGGAGUUUAUGGAUAAAUAUAGAUAGAUACCUGGGUUUUAGAUAGAUACCUCAAAAGAACAGAGCGUGGGAGAGGGAGGGGAAAGACCAAGGCAGACAGGGUAAAUCUUGAGUGGCAAUGACAGCUAGUAGCGAUGAAUGGUUCGGGUUCUUCAGGUUCUGCCACGAUGGGUAGUGAGUGAGUUCAUAGAAAAUUGGGGUUGAUGAAAUAAAACUAAAAUUCCUAGCCAAACAUUCAAUUCGAAGAAGAAGAAGAAGAUGAUGAUGAUGAAAAUGAUGAAAAUGAAAAUGAUGAGUACGGUUGUCUACCGUACCUAUCUUUCCCUUGAGUCUCUUUACUUAACCUAACCUACCAAGGCAGUGAUAGUAGGUAUUCCAUGCAUACCUA